UUAGAUGAAUCAAUGGCUUUGACAUAGAAAUGUUAGGAAAAUGCAAUUGCAUUAUGAUAAUAGUACUCCCUAAUUAACAGUAACAAAUAGUAUAAAUAUAGGGUUAACCUGGUCUGCUUUCACCUUCCAAAUUUGCACCUUUUUGGCAUCUCCCAGGAACCCUAGCGGACGAGACCACCCCAACAACCAGACAUCAUGAACAAAUUCGCAGCAACAGCUGUCCUGGCCAUGAUUCUUCUCGCUGGCCGCUCGAUGGCCCAAGACGAAGGGUCUGACCAAGCUGAAAAAUGCAAGUCCGGAUGCGAGUUCUUCUGCACCUCAAUCUCCAAAACCUGUGUGGACCUGCCCCCAUUGGUCAACUGUGCGGCCACUCAGGCUGCCUGCACCGGUCAGUGCGACGGCACGUGCGGCUGUUUCGCCGGAUGCAUUGAAAACUGCCACAGCCUGGGAGGCCAGUGCGAUAAUGGUGGCGCUGGAAACCCGUUCAUCAGCAUCAUCUGUAAGUCCCAGAUCACCCUGUGUGUGUCUUCCUGUCCAGCCAUCUGCGCCGGCCAGGCCCUCACCGCCAACAUCCAGCAGUUUGUACAGCAGGCUCUCGGCGGACUCACCGACGGCCUCAACCUAGUCCUGCCCGGCAUGGCCCCAAAGUAAAUUAUGAUGUACGGAAGUCCCGGAGGCACGGGAUACAGGAAAAUACGUUUUCCGAUAAAUAAAGCGAUGCUUUGACAUAAAUUA